CGAACCUGCAGGAGGGGGAGGGACACAUUAGGGGAGAGGACAGCGCAGUUAUGUACUGAGGACUAUAUAUUGUGGCAAUGGCUGCCUUGACGCCACACUCUCAGGUGCUGUCACUCGCCGCUUGUCGCUGUUGUACCACACGCAAUCCGUAAGUCAUGAAGACUGCUGCUAGUGCGAGCCGCGCACUGACACUGUUGGCCGUGGUUCUGGUGGCGGCCACGCUGCUCAUGGACACCGCAGAGGCUCACCGAGGAAGAGGGCCUCCUCAAGCUUUGAAUGAAGCCAUCGCACGUUGUGUGUGUGACGGGCCUGGCGAUGAUGCUUGCAUUAGCUGCCUCAACCCAGAGACUGACUUUACAGACUGGACCGAAUUCUUCACAUGCCUCAGUGAUGCCGGGGCUGAUACCAGUAUCACUGCAGCGUGUACUGAACCCCCUCCAAGAAACCGUGGCAGAUCAUCUUAACAGAAACAGCUGCUUCUAUGGCGAUCCCAGAACAACAUCGGCAAUAAAAUAAUGAGGAAAUAACGGAAACGACACCUUCAACUGCACCACUAUCACCACUACCACUAUUAGUCUUUGUCCUGCCUGUUGCCUUCAAUCCUCUUUUGCAUGCCUGUCUAUCUGUCUCGCACUCUUAACUUCAAUAAAGUCUCACAAAAGU